AUGCAAACAAUUGUCACACUUGGAAAUGCUCUGAACCAAGGAACAACAAAAGGCGCUACUGUUUGGUUCAGAUUGGAUAGCCUUCUGCUGUUGGGUUCAAAUUGGGUGCUUGUUGACAAACUACCUGAACUCCUUGAUUUCUCCAAGGAUCUUGACAGUUUGGAACCUGCAUCAAGGGUGGUACAAUUAAAAUAUUUGGCAGAGGAAAUGCAAGCUAUUAGCAAAGGACUUGAAAAAGUUGUCCAGGAAUUGUCAAUGGCUGAAAACGAUGGACUUGUCUCUGAAAAAUUUCUCAAAUUAAGAUUGAGGAUCAUAAUCAAACAAAAGCCUUGUGUUGGUGUAGGGCCUUUAUGUAAUGCACAACAGGUAAAGUUGAUGGAAGAAAGGAAUAUGAAGCCACUUGAUUUAAAUCUUGCAGCAUUAUCAGCAAGAUGCAGUAAAGACUUGGAGUUGAAUUUGGCUAAGUCAUUAUUGAGUGAGAUGGGCCAAUGUACAAUUGCAUAUCCAUAUAAUCAGCUGUUUGGAACAUUAGUUUUAAAGAAUCAUGAAAGGCAAGAUGCAACUUUACUUAGUUGGAACUUGAUGUACAUAGUAGAUUAG